UGAACCUUUUUUAAUUGGAGUUACUGAAUCCGAAAGUAUAUUAUAAAAAUUAGUAAAAUUUAAUUAGUAAGUGUUUUAGAAUUUUACUUAAUUUAAUAUAAAACCAAUAUUAUGUCCGGGAAAAUUGUAAAAAGUUGUUCAGAAAGCGACAAACAUGAAGGUGAUGCGAUUUGCAUCGUUUAUCACAAUGGAAAUAUAUAUAGCGGCGGUGCAGAUGGCUCUAUUAAGAUAUGGGAUCAAGAUUUAAAUUUGAAAAAAGAUCUCAUACAUCAUUUUGGUGCUUAUAUAUAUGCAAUAGCUGUCAAUUAUAAAGGGAAACUAUAUUCAGCUAGUAAUGAUGGUCUGGUUAAAUUUGUAGAAAAUCCUUUAGAAACAACAGAAGGACAAAAUCUAAUGCAAUCUGAUGAGGCAGUUCAAUGUUUAUAUUGUGAUGGUGAUUUUCUUUAUACCGGAGAUGAUAUUGGUGUUGUUACACAAUGGGAAAAUGACCGUAUAUUAUUAAAAUUUAAUUUAGUUGAAGAAAUAAAAUCUCUUGCUGUUGAAUCUAAUUUAAUAUACACGGUUCGUGAUUUGGAUGUAUUAGUUACAGAAAUCAUAUCUGGUAGCAAAUCUGGAAGAUAUUCCACAAGAAUGACAAUUGAUGGAAAAUCGCCUCUAACGUUAUGUGGUCCGAUUGUGGAUGGAAAACGAGAAUUUUUAUCAUUUUGUACAAGAGAUGGUGUUGGUUUAAAACUAGUUGACAAUAAAAAAGGAAAAAGUUUUGCAAAAAUUUGGACGAAAGAAAAUUGCCACAGUAUGAUAAUAAAUUCAAUUUGCGGGACAGACAAAACACUGUUUUCUGGUGGAUACGACAAAAUGGUAAAAAUGUGGGUCAAUAUAGAUAAAGAAUGUAAAUUAGGUGGAGAAAUAAAUUUAGAAAGUUGCAUAAAUAGCAUUUGUAAUGGAGAAAAUGAUCAUACAAUUUACGCAGCAACAAGUGAUGGAUAUAUUAGAAAAGUUGCCUUUUCCUAAAAUUGUAUCAUAAACUUAAAGUUAUUUAUAUUAAAUAAAAGUGUGCAUGUACCUUUACAAAAUAAAAAGUUAUUUAUCACACUAAAUCAUAUUUUUAAACUUUCUCCUAAAGCUGUUAAAAUAUAUCAUAUUUACAAUAUUAUCAAUUUCCAAUAUAAUGUGAACCGUACUUGACUCUUUAAUAAUUCAU